AUGGCUGACCGCAUAUGGGACCAACCACCCCUCCUCACCACCGCUCCCAUCUUCGAAGAUGCCGUCUACCUCUCUGAGGCCCUGGGCCUGCCUGCCCAUCAGACAGAGGACGACCUGGAUGCCGAGCUCGUCGUGCUUGCCCGCGAAGCUGGCAUCCAGGAUCCCUAUCGCUUCAUGCCUUCACCAGCAACAAUCUCGUGCGCCAUGUCCACCAUGACUCUCGACAGCGACCAGACAAGUUCGCGGUCGAUGCACUCCCAGGAAACCCAGUCCACAGGCUUCACCUCGGCGCCUUCCCGUACUUCUCGGGACCAUGUCUACUCUGCUGACUACAUGUCGGCCAAGAGGAUGCCUCCAGCGCCUGCCCAGGCUUCUCAGUUGGCAGAGAAUUGCCAGCAACCCAUUGAACGUGUAGAGCCUGCCGCUCGACCAUCACUGUCUUCCAGCACGGCCACUUCAUCUUCUGUGACUUCCAAAGCAUCUUCUUCCCAGCAGGAGCAUACGCGCAAAAAGCGAGGCUCGGCCCUGUUCUCCUUGCUUCGGAAAGAAGCAAGAUACUUUGCCACAACUGGCCUGCAUUCACGUAAUGUCACGACGUAUGCUCAUAGUUGCCCUUCGGCAUUGCAUCGCAAACCCCCAGCCAAGUCCCUGUCUACAGAGUCAGUGUGUGGUCAUUGUGGAAGCCCAUUGCGACGCUCAAUAUCCGAAAAUAUACUAACAAAAAGCGAGCUGGGUCUUCUUGCCGGAGUCGAUACGAAAGCAUCAGCUAUAUCACUAGACGCACCAUCAUCUCCACAUGAGGGUUCUCAAAUUUCCAAGACAUCUUCUUCAGAAUCCAACAUGACAGCUCGACACGUGGAGCAAGAACCAGCCAACAUUGACUCUGCCCUAGCGUUAGAAGCGUUCAAGAGCUUCAGAGUUCAGCAGAAGGAACAAUGGGAUAGAGUCUCGAUGUUUGAAAGUAUCCAAAGAAAAGCCCUCGCAGCACACUACCGAUGCGAACUGGAGCGACUGCAAGUGAAUUAUGAAGCCCGUAAGAAGGAACGCACGAAGCAGCACGUAGAUGAUGUAGAUCGAUUGGAGGAACGGCAAGUGCUAGCUGAACACGACCUCCUAGAAGCCCAAGCCCAGGAAACACAAAACGUAGCAACAGCACUGAAGUAUAUCGAGGCCUACUGUCUCGGCACCAACACCUCACAAGAGCAAACGCACACCGUAACCGAAGACGACUUCAAAAAACUCUACCACCAAAAAAUGCUCCAACAAGGCCUCCCUCGAAAACACAUAAGCGCCAUCAACGUCCUCCGCGCGCGCCAAGAAGUCGACUUCAAGCGCCGCCUCGAAACCCAAGAAGCCGAGCUCCGCCAGCUAGACCUGGACCUGAAAAAAGAAGAAUCCGCCAAAGAAGCAGAGUACAAAAAAGACCUCGAGCACCUCGAAUCCCUGAUUGAAGCACGCAGACGACGACUCCAGCAACGAUGGGAACUCCGCUUUGAAAUGUGGAGGCUCGACUGGCAGAAUCAGCACAAGACGACAAUUGUGCACAAGCUGGAACAUGAGGAGUGGCCUGAGAGGGGAAGAGAAGGGGAGGGAGAAGAUGACGUCAGUGCAAUUCCCGAUGCGAGUGCUUUGGCGCAAUUUGCGAAAGUGGCUGCGUAA